CACCAAUGUAUUACAAUGGAGUCUAUCAUCUAUUCUACCAGUACAAUCCAAAAGGAUCAACAAUGAACAACAUUGUUUGGGCUCAUUCAGUCUCAAAAGACUUAAUCAAUUGGAUUAAUUUAGAGCCUGCAAUUUAUCCAUCCAAACCAUUUGACAAAUAUGGAACAUGGUCUGGUUCAGCAACUAUUCUCCCUGGUAACAAGCCCAUUAUUUUGUACACUGGAGUGGUAGAUGCCAACAUGACCCAAGUCCAAAAUUACGCCGUCCCGGCCAACUUAUCCGAUCCAUAUCUCCGUGAAUGGAACAAGCCCGAUAACAACCCGUUGAUCGUCCCGGAUAUCAGCAUCACCAAGACCCAAUUUCGUGACCCGACAACAGCUUGGAUGGGCAAAGAUGGUCAUUGGAGAAUUGUGGUAGGAAGUUCAAGAAACCGUGGUGGGUUGGCAAUAUUGUAUAGAAGUAGGAAUUUCAUGAAAUGGAUCAAGGCUGAGCAUCCACUUCAUUCAUCUGCCAAAACAGGAAAUUGGGAAUGCCCAGAUUUUUUUCCUGUUUCCUUGCAAGGUUCUAAUGGUUUAGAUGCAUCGUACAACGGAAAAUAUGUUAAGUACGUUCUCAAGAAUAGCCUUCCUGUUGCCGCGUUUGAGUACUACACAAUUGGUACAUAUGAUGCCAAACAAGAUAGGUAUAUUCCAGAUAACACUUCAGUCGAUGGUUGGAAAGGAUUGAGACUUGACUAUGGCAUUUUCUACGCGUCUAAGUCGUUCUACGACCCUAGUAAGGACCGAAGAAUCGUGUGGGGUUGGUCUUAUGAAUUAGAUGGUCUCCCCAAUAAUGAAAACAACAAAGGAUGGGCUGGAAUUCAGGCUAUCCCGCGUAAAGUAUGGCUUGAUUUCAGUGGUAAACAAUUAGUUCAAUGGCCUAUUGAAGAAUUAAAAACUCUAAGAAAGCAAAAUGUCCGAUUGAGCAACAAAAGGCUGGAUAAUGGAGAAAAGAUUGAAGUUAAAGGAAUCACAGCGUCGCAGGCUGAUGUUGAAGUGACAUUCUCCUUCUCUAGCUUAGACAAGGCAGAGCCAUUUGAUCCUAGUUGGGCUGAUCUUUAUGCACAAGAUGUUUGUGCAAUUAAGGGUUCAACUGUUCCAGGUGGGCUUGGGCCAUUUGGCCUUGCAACAUUGGCUUCUCAAAACUUAGAAGAAUACACACCUGUUUUUUUCAGAGUGUUCAAAGCUCAAGAAAAUUUUAAGGUUCUUAUGUGCUCUGACGCCACAAGGUCUACCACUCAACAUUAUAAUGCAAUGUGCAAACCCUCAUUUGCUGGAUAUGUAGAUGUGGACUUAGUGGACAAAAAGUUAUCUCUUAGGAGUUUGAUUGAUAACUCAGUAGUGGAAAGUUUUGGUGCUGGUGGCAAAUUAUGCAUAACAUCAAGGGCUUAUCCAACAUUAGCAAUUCACGACAAAGCACAUUUAUUUGCCUUCAACAAUGGUACAGAGAUGAUCACAAUCGAGACUCUAGAUGCCUGGAGCAUGGAUACACCUAAAAUAAACUAAAAAGUUGUGAGAAAUAAACUUGGGAAAAAUAAAUAAACAAAUAGAUAGAUUGAUUGAUAGAUAGAGAGACCUUUUCCCAGGCAUUUGAUAAAGUAGGAUCUACAAGUCCUAAAGAACUUAUCAAGAAAAGACGAAGUUUCUAUAGAAUUUAUCACUAUAGUAUCUUUGUACAGAUUAUU